UCAAAUAUAAAAUAUAUAAACUUACUAUUUAUAAUAAUAAAUACAAUGGAAAUCACACGGACCAUGGGAAGCAUUACUAAAGCAAUCAACCUAUUAUUUAUAUUAUCAAUGGUAAUGGAAGGAUCCGCGGGACCUGCCGUCGAUUUCAAGCGCCAUUACUCGGGGCAACCAAAUAGUGGAAGCGCCACGAGAGUCUGUCGAAGCGUUUGCUUGCAAGUUAAUCAAGUUUGCAGUAAUACGUGUUAUAAGCCACAAGGAACGGCCCACACUACUUUCUCGACGCCGUGGAGGAGGGAUGGAACGCUAUACAACGUUCAAAAAGACGAUUCAGCGAAAUUCCAAUGCAUGGACCGAUGCCUGAAGAACAGCGAUGACCCUUAUCUGAUCCCAGACAGCUGCGAGCGUCCUGACGACGAAGACGAGGAACCAACCACAGGAGCAAGGCCAACAAGAGGAAAACCUCAGACUGACGAAGCGGGCAGGAUCGAUCUUUCAAGUUUAACAACAAAACGAAGAUGCGAGUUGCAAGCUUAUAGAAAUUCAACUGUUUGCAGAUUUGAAGACGCUGCACCUGACAUUGCAAAGAAGGUCUUCGAUGCCAACAAACCAAAGCUUACUCUAUGCAUGGGAGGAUCAGUGAUGAGUGGGAGACGCGGAUUAUACACAACAAGCACUCUGAAAUCUUUUGUGAAUCAACAAAAUCAAUUACGACUUUCAUCUGAGUUCGAAUCUUCAUUCUCGUCCUCAAGACUGAGUAGAAGUGUAGAGAGUCAAGAUGAUAUCCAGACUCCUAGCACAUCCGGGAGAAAGAAACGAUCGAAAAGAGACGGCGACGAUAAUGCAUUCAGCUUUGAAAAUUUGGAGCGACCAAAAAAUAUUGUAAAAAGAAGAGUAAAGCGACAAUCGUCCAGACGAGACAGAAGAGUUAGUAAGGAACUUUGCAUAACUGAUAUGAACGUUGAGUCACCUAGUCGUGCAAUACACAGAGCUACAGGACAGCUUGUCGAUAUUUACUUUUAUGACGGAUAUUCACAAUGGUUUCAGAUGGGAAGCUGCAAACACAGCGAUCCAGUGAUGUCGGUCAACGUUAGAGAUGCUCAAAGUUUACGAUGCGGAAUGGCAAUGACUGCGCAUAAAGCCUACAUUGUGAUUGAUCCAGCAAAAAUGAAAGACGCUCAUAAAGUGAAAGAUUGCGGAACUAUUCCUGCAAGAGACUCAAAAUAUCAAAUUUGUAACGACUGGGUGUAUCUGCCAUCGCAUUGCAAAUUAUUUUACUCGUGAGGUGGAGCAGAGAUAAUUAUGUUCGACACAAAAAUUCAUGGGAAACCUCGACGGUUCGAAAGUUGAUUACCAAGGGAGAUAAGACAUCAAACCACUGUGAUGAUGUGAACUAUAAGAAACGCUGUGAUGAACACAGUUGAGAGCGACAGUGAUUUUAUACAAAGACGAUGACUGAACUGCGAUCACAUAUUAUUCUCGUAUUUCUAUACGACAAAACAUGAAAAUUAUCGCCGCCAUUCAUUGAAGAAAGCCCUGGGAAUCAAAUUUAACGGUUCCAUAAUGCUGUAAAAUAUUUCGAAGUUAGCCGCCAUAUUUCUUGGGGAAUAACCUUCGUAGAAUAUUGGAAAGCUAAUAUCACUGAAGCACAAAUUGUGCUUGAAACUUGGAUCUUUGGCGGCCUCGUUCAAAGAAAAAAAUCGUAUUGCGUUAUAUAUAAAACUUUUGUAAAAAAGAAUACCGCAUGAACAGAUGUUUAGAACAACAAAUACGCUUUUCUAAUAAUAUUUUUGCAUGCUCUUGUCAAUGGAUUGUUAACGGGUUUCUAGCAAGCUUUCAGCAGUAUUAUUUCUAACUUUGAAAAUACACAUAAUUUUCAUAUAUAUUUUUAACAGUGUACUGUGACGGUAUAAUUGAUUACGAUCUUCGUUCUGCGUUAUUAUCAUUUGACGUAAAAACCAAUUCAUGUAAAACAAUACGUUUGAAGCGAUGGUAAUUUCUGCUAAUAAUUUCAAUAAUUUGUCUUUAAUUUGUCUCGACAUCCGCGACAACCUCACCAAAAGUUUUUCUUCCUGAGAAAACGUUUUAAUAUAUUACUACACGGCUUAUGUCAGUCAAUGCCAAAUAUGUCGGUUUUUAUUAAAAACACAUAAGCGAAGAAA